AUGCAUGGCUUGCAAGUUUCUUCUCAUCAUCAUCAUGCGACAACACUAGGCACUCAUCCUUUCGAAGAAAACAUCUCAUCUAAACAAGAAGAAGAAGAAGAAACAUUCAUAUAUUCACAUUUACCUUCGGAAAUUAUUCGACACAUCUUGUCCUUUGUUUCUCUCGUUUUUCCAAAUGAUUUUCUCUCGAAAGAAAUGAUGCAAUGGUUGGAUCGAACCAUGUCGACAUGCUGCUCAUCUUGUCCAAGGAAUACCGAGGAUGAAACAUUUCAUCAUGAUGAAUUAUUCACACAAACACUCGAGAUUGAAAUGAAAUCUCUCCUCCGAAUCAACAAUUAUUUCGGAAGAUUUAAAUCAUGUCAUCUUCCACAUGUGGAGAAGGAUGACGAUUCGGAAUGGAACAAUUCUGCCUUUCUUGUUUUUCCUUCUCUAAUUUUCAACGCCAAUUUGACAUUUUGGAAGCAUCCAAUCUUGUUGAGUAGUUCAACCACCUCCAUUCUCUCGUCGUCUUCGGACAUGAAUUAUUCCAUGAUUUUCUUUCCACGAGUCUUGUCAUGUUUUCACACAUUAAUUUUUCACACAGCCAUUCCGUUUGAAGAUGUGUUGAUACAAUUUGAUGAAGAUUCAGAUAUGGCAUUUCAAAUGUGGCAUGACAUGAUGUGGAAAGCAAGUUGUGAACAUUAUGAUUUGAAUUCAUUAUUCCUCCAUAAAGAAAUUGAAUCAACAAGAAGAUAUUCUCCCAAAUUAAGACUGAAAUUACACUUUACCAACAAGUAUUUACAACGUUCCGUGAUGGAUCAUGUUUUAGAAAAAUUACUCGAUUCGAGUAGGAAUCAAUUCUUACUUUCAAAUGGAUGUUUAUUGAAAUCUUUAAAGUUACCGACAUGUAGUCGAUUUCGAGAAGGAAUGAUUGAAGAAUAUAGAAAUUAUUUUCUUGACACGGUCGAUGAAGAAGAUUCUCGAGAUGCAUUAAUGAGUGGAAGGAGAAUUUUCUUUAUUGAUUUGUUGAAUACUUUUGUGGGAUUGGAGACUUUAAAAAUUGACAAAAUUGUUGACGAUGCAGAUAUAGAGAGUGGUCUACAUUCUGAAACGUCUCGAUCUACACAAGUUCUUUCACAUGAAUCGAUUCGAAUGACUCAAUAUUUUAAAAUGUAUCCUUUCAAAUCGAAUCGAGAAAUUUCUGAAAUUCGACUCGUACUCACCGAAGAUGAACAAGAAAUGAAACGACAAGAACAAGAACUCAAACAAGAACGUCGUGAAAUGGUUUUACAGAAAUUGCAACUCGAUCGAAAGAAGUCUUACCAAUUGCAUACCUGUCUCUGUGAUGGUUUGAAGGAUCAUGAAAUUUCACAACUCUUGCAAAAUUAUUCGUGUCAAUCCUCAUUGAAAACACUUCUCAUGACUCAUACCUUACUGGAUGGCCAUCUGGCAGAACUAUUUUCACACUCCUCUAUUGAGACUUUAUAUUUAAAUGAUUGUCUUUUUGAGGGAAGCAAAUUCUUGGAGGAAAUUCUCUUGCAUUCUCAUGUGAAAGUUCUCUCAUUACAGAAUGUGACAUUUCGAAAAACAACAACCUCGAGUCAAGGUCAAGUUAUUUCGAAAGUAUCCUCACCAAAAACUCAAACCAUAUUUAGCGAGCAAGAAGGUGAACUUUUUAAAAAGAACAAGACACUGGUGAGAUUGGAAAUUCACUCAUGUCCCUCUCUAUUCGAUUCUCGUUUUAUGGAACAAUUAAGUGAAAAUUCAAAUAUUCGAUUUUUAACGAUUCGAAAUUGUAAACUAUCCGAUGACAAAUUGAGGCCCAUUCUCAGAAAUAACAAGAACAUUGAAGAAUUGGAUAUUUGUAAUAAUAAGGGCGGAUCUCUUACGUUAGCACGUCUCAUUGCCUUCCAUUGUUAUCGAGAUGCACAACGUAUGAAAAUUAUUUCCGAUUAUUUAUUGUAA